CAACACUACUAUAUAACAAAUAAUUUGAGGUCAUGUCCAUCACAAGAGCCGAAGCUUUUCAACUUCUACAGGUAUCUCCAGACUCUCCACACGAUGAAAUCAAAGCCGCAUAUCGUAAAUUAGCCCUUAAAUAUCACCCCGAUAAAAAUAAGGACAAUGAAGGAGCUAAGCGUCUUUUUCAAAGGAUCAACGCUGCAUAUAAUCUUCUAACAGGGGACGAGGAUAUUGGCAGUUUAUCUGAGGACCAAAUUAUCAAUCUUUUUCAGGAGCUUAUCAAAACUGAGUGGUUCUCUUUUCUUUCACAGAAUUCCCAGAAUUUUGAUUUUAGUGAUGAUUCAGACUACUAUGAUUCAGAGGAAGAUAUGAUGAGUCAUGAACAGUGGGAUGAGAUUGAGAAAAAUGCCCAGAAAAAUGCACAGAAACUCGUUGAUGAAGAGGAACAAGAAAAGAAAAAGUUAGAAAAAAAGAGAGAACGGAGAAAAAAACACAAACAGCGUAGAAAAGAAAAGAAGCGUGAAGAAAAGGAGGUUACUGCUAAAUCAGAUACAAAUUCAAAAGACAAAUAUGAAAUUAAAGAUGUUUCAAAUGUUCAAAUCAUCAAAAAGGGUAACGUUACCAACUCACCCAAGGUAGCUGACUCUCCAAAGAAACCUAAAAAUCAUCUGGUUGAAAGUGAUUCCGACACCCCCGAAAUUGACCUUGGUAGUGCGUUUUGUUCGAAGGUCAAACAAAAAGUUGAAAAAUCUGAAGCCAGGACUCGUAAAGCAAGCGAAAAAGCUGUGAAUGGUGAUGAAAAUAACGGUACUUCUAAGAGGAAUUCCAGUUCCCCUCCUCAAAAUGUCAGUGAAAUUGUAACGAACUCUAAAACUAAUAAUAAUAUUGUUAAUUCUAAACCGUCACCUCCUCAGACUGCUAACGCAUCCCUUCCUGAACCACCGACGGAAGAAAACUUUUUUAAAUCUCAGGAGCAUGCUCGAAAAGGUAACGAAUUUGCUCAAUUUGGUAAGCUACAUAAUGCCAUUGAAGAGUACACCAAAGCUAUUGCCUUGAAUCAAAUAGAUCACCGAUGUUAUGGUAAUAGAUCAUAUUGUUAUCACUCUUUAAAGAAAUUUGAAGAAGCACUGAGUGAUGCCAACUCUGCCGUUUCUUUAGUUCCAAAUGAGCCGAAGGGAUAUUUUAGAAAAGCUAAGGCCUUGUGUGGUUUAAAGCGUUUCAGCGAAGCAGAAAACGCUCUCAGUAAAAUCUUGGAGUUGGAUCCUCAAUGUUCAGAGGCAGCUCACGAACUUUUCGAGGUCAGAUUAUUACAAUUGCAGGACUUUGGUUUUGACAGGAGAGCCUGUGAGCAUGCCCUCAUCAAAUCUAAGAAUGAUAUCCAGGGGGCAAUCGAAUUUUUGUUGUCAUCCCAGUUUAAAGAUAACAUGUCUUUUACAACCCCGGAUUAUGAGGAGCCUCCCCCUCCACCUCCACAAAUGCCGCCUCCUAUUUACCCAAAUAUUUCCCACAUUCCUCACACUCAAAUGUCUACAUUUUACCCCGUGAUAUCGGCCGGAUCCUACACCGCAUCUCCGAUCAGAAUGCCCUCUGUGGCACCGGGAACCAGACCCCACAUGAUGCAAAUGCCAGUCAGGGUACCAAUACCGUACCCGCGCCCUCAGAACAUGCACAUGAACAGCAUACCAGUGAGCACCAUGAUGAGGAUGCCAGCUCAAAUGCAAUCUCCCGUCCACCAGCAGUCUCCCCUUCAUCCGGUGAAACCCCACAAUCAGCAGCCCAUGAUGGUGCGCCCCAACACCAUGGCAGUCCGACCUGGACCCAAGCCUCAGCAUCACAACCUAAAUGUUAGGCCCCACAAUGAUAAGCCACAGAACAUGGCUAAUGGCAAAUCUGGACGUAAAUUUGAUCCUCGCGAUUACUCACUUUGGAUUGGGCAUUUUGACUCCAAGAAAAUAACAGAAAAGGAUCUAUACGAUGUUUUUACAAAAUAUGGCAAAGUUUCGGGGGUAGUGAUCAUCAAAACUCACGGUAAGCCUCUAGCGUACUCCUUUAUCCAUUUCAUGAGGCACGAAGAUGCCAAGAGGGCUUUUAAUGCUGCUCAAAAUCACGUGAUACAAGGAGUGUCUCUGGACGUUAACUGGAACAAGAAUCCAACAAUCGAGUGUGAGCACUGGUUACGGGGCAAUUGUCCUUAUAGCAAUUGUCAUUAUCUUCACGUUAGUGAUCAUGAUCAUAAAUUUAGGUAAAUUUUUACCCAAUGUCAGGUAUCGGGGCUUUAAAAUUAAUUGAUUUUUCGAUUUAGUGUGUAGGAUUUUCUUUUUCUUGAAGUUUUCCCCUCUUUUUCUAUAAUUUUCCAAGUUCAAUUGGUUAUAAUAUGAGAAUAUCUGGCUUUCUUUUCAGAUCUAUUUUCUAGUUUGUUACUCUAUGAGCCUGUCUUAUUGUCACAUUGAUUGCAAUAUUUACAGUCUAAAUUCUUUGGUUAAAUUGCGAAUUGCAAUGUUUCCUAGCCUUCAAAUCUUUGUAUAAAUCAGUGAGUUGGACUUGGUUUUUCAAAAAUUCAUAAAUUAUUGAAUUCAUAACAAUUAUAUUAUUUAUCCGGAAUCAACGGUGUGAAGAUGAAAUAGUUUUACGAUAGCUAUAGUAAAUUAUGUGGUCGGUAGGUCGAAGGUCUCUGUGUGAGAUAAUUUAUUGAACAUCGAGUUUCGAUGGUGAUUGUUGUAUUGUCAAUUGUGAGUUUUUACUGGCACUUUGGUAAAUG